UUUGUCGAGGGGAAAAGAAACAUCGGGCCGCCGUCCCCUCCGCUUCCUCUCCCCCGCCGGUCGCCGUGCCCACUCCCCUACGAGCUCAAACCCCUGCUAGGGUUUGCGCUCCGGGCAUGCUCCCCUCAUAGACACCACCUCCCAUGGCCCUAGCCCCCUCCUCCUGGCCAAGAACGCCGCUCGCCCUUUCCCCCAACCGCCGCAAGCGCCGCCCCGACGCCUCCUCCCCGCCCCAUCACUUCCACGGCCCGCAAAGCCACAGCCGCCUAAGUCAGCGCCUCCGCCGCUGGUUCCCGCUCCCGCCGCAGGCGAGGUCCUUCGCAUUCGACAUGGGCAACUUCGUCUCCGGCCUCAUCGGCGGGCGGCGGCCCAAGGACGAUGGGCUGGGGCUGUUCAAGAGCUGGUAUGCGCGGUCGCGGGAUCUCACGGUGGUUACGGAUGAGGAGACAGGGACGGCGCCGCGCUUGCUGGACCGGAGGGUUAAGGAUUCGAGGAAGGCUGCGUUGGAGGCGGCGAAGCCCCAGCAGCGGCAGAAGAGCGAUCCGUACUACAAGAAGGAGCUCAAGGAGGCGAGACGGAACGACGGUAGGUUGGAGGAGAUAGGGAUCGAGGUGAAGCUCAUUGAGGAAAAGCUUGCUGAGAUACGGAAGUUAGACAAGGCUGUCAAGGAGGAUUUCUCGGAACUAUUUGAGCGUCUCACUGAGGAGGAGCAAAAUGAAGUUAAUAACUGUUUCAAUGCUAGAGGUCCAAGUAGCAAAGUCCUAGUGCUGCAUGAACCGUCGAACAUUGAGAUUAGCAAAGAGAAAUUCCAGUGCUUUAGACCCGGUCGCUGGUUAAAUGAUGAGGUUAUUAACCUAUACCUAGAAUUGUUGAAGGAGAGGGAAAAAAGAGAGCCGAAAAGGUUUUUGAAAUGCCAUUUCUUUAAUACAUUCUUUUAUAAGAAGCUUGCUUGCGGGAAAAAUGGUUAUGACUACAAAUCUGUUAAAAGGUGGACUACCCAUAGGAAGUUGGGAUAUGAGCUCAUUGAAUGUGAUAAAAUCUUUUUCCCUGUGCAUAAAGAUGUGCAUUGGUGCUUAGCAAUUAUAAACAUGAAGGAAAAUACGUUUCAGUAUCUUGAUUCUCUUGGCGGCACGGAUCAUAAUGUACUAAACAUGCUGGCUCGAUAUAUUGCCGAGGAAGUGAAUGACAAAAGUAACAAAGUAAUUGACACUAGUUCGUGGCAUGAAGAGAUAGUUGAUGAUAUUCCUUUGCAACAGAAUGGGUGGGACUGUGGUAUGUUUAUGCUCAAGUACAUUGAUUUCCACAGCAGAGGAUUGAACCUAUCUUUUAAUCAGGAAGACAUGGAAUAUUUUAGGAAGAGAAUAGCGAAGGAAAUCUUAAAAUUAAGAGCUGACUGAAUAACUGAUGGAUAGCACAUCCUUCUCUUUAUGAAAUAGAAGCUGACUUUUUGUAGUGUGUUUCGGGAACUAGAAUAGAAGCUGAUUGACACGUCACUGUGCAUCGUUGAGCCUAAUUCGAACCUGUAAAUCCUUUAUUGGAUGUUUGUCGCAUGACAGCCUCAGCUUCUUUGGGUGCUGACGGCCAAUGAUGUAAAGGCUACCGAUUUUCUGUAAAGCUAUUGUCUAGGGAUUUUGUUUGAAGAAACACCAAGGGAAAAGUUAGAUAUAGGUACACUGAUAUUUGUCUGUGGUUAUAGUUAUGUGCUAGGAUUAUUCUUUUUCGUGCAUAAAUGGUUAUAAGUUUGAACUUAA